GAUGGACCUUGUUUCUCCCGACAGUUUCAGUGUAACACACCUUGCGCAUGCUCACUCUUGCAUGCGUGUUGUUGCUUCCCACGUUAAACUUUAUGCAAAGAAAACAAUAGUUGUGUUUUGUUGUAGGAAAUAGAGCAGCUUCGCGUCUGUAGUGCUGUCGGAAUAUUGUGAGGUUUUAUUUUAAUAACGCAACGUGCUAGGAUGUUAGCAUGAGGAACAGGCGUUUGUUUUGCUAGCGAGCUAAACGACGACGGAUGACGUUGUUGUCGAUGUUAGCUCCAUUAAACUGCUUCUCCCUAAAUAAGUAUAUUAUAUAUCGCAAAUUGACACAUAAAUCUGAGUCCAGUGAUUAAAAGCGAUGUAUCUGACGCCAAACGAGCGUUACGUUUGUUAAUUCCCGCUAACAGCCGCAUUGUUUAACCGGAGCCACCGGAGCUCGACGGUCAAGUUAUUUUGGGCUUGAAUGAUGUGACCUCAGUCCUGAGGAGACAGACCAUGGACAGAGAGUUGUUGAGGCAGUGUCUGGCUUAUCACGGAGAGUCUCUGUUCAACAAACUCAAGUGUGAACAGACAGAAAACCCUGACUUCCAAGCCGUGGUGUCCGACCUGUGCAAGGCCACGUAUGAAAGCAGGAGUGGUGGGCAUGACAACCCUCUUGUAGAGCAGUUCAUUGCCAGGAAGGCCGACAUCCUGUUCUGUCCAGCAUGGAAGACUGCCACACAUCAAGAAGAGGAGCAUGAAGAGGAGGAGGAUGCUGCAGAGCCCUAUGCCAUCAUGCCACCAGUGGAGUUAUUCAUGGAGGUGUCUUAUGAGGAAAGAAGAGCCAUGCUGUACAGAGACUUGGAGAGAGGAGACACUGUGGUGGGGAGGAUCAACAACAUUAGAGAAUACGGCUUCUUUCUCACUCUGCUUUGCACGGCAGGAGGACUGAAGAGGGACAUAGAAGACCUGGAGUUGUCAGCUCUAUGUCACAUCAGAGAAAUUCCCUCUACUGGCAGCCACGACGAUCCACUGUCCUACUACCAGAUUGGAGACUUCAUCAGAGCUGCAGUGAAAGAUAUUGACCGCUACCAAGAGAAAAUCACAGUUUCCCUCCUCAAGGCCUCUCUUUCUCCCAGCAUGGAGCAAAUCAAACUGGGUGUCGUUCCUCGGGAGGAACUGCCCAUACACUACAGUCGUAGCGUUCGUGCAUCUGCAGACUCCAGUGAGACGUAUGAGUGUAUACUGGGGAGUUGCCAUGGUUACCACAACCCUUCUGUAGUGGACUACCUGCUGGAGAAGGUGGGAGUUAGUGACACCCACCCACCAUCAAUGAUGAGAGGACUACAGAGCAAACUUUUCCAAGAGGAGGAUUUUGCCUCUGUAAUCAGGAAGAAACAGUCAUCAUCAUGGGCCUUGAAGUGUGUCCGUGCAGGUGUGGACCACUUCAAACAUGCUCGUCAUGUGGAAGCCAUGAAUGAAUACAACAAAGCCUUGGAUAUCGAUACCAAUAAUGUAGAAGCACUGGUGGCACGAGGAGCUCUAUAUGCCAACAAAGGCAGCAUUAUGAAGGCCAUAACAGACUUUGAGUUGGCCCUGGAGAACUGUCCAGAUCACCGCAACGCCAAGAAGUAUCUCUGCCAGACACUGGUAGAAAGAGGAAAACAGCUUGAAGAACAGGAGAAACUAGUAACAGCUGAGGGAUUGUACAGGAGAGCUCUGUCUCUCGAUGAUUUAAACCCCGAGGCACAGGAGGCCCUGCACAAGAUAACAGACACCAUACAGAAAUCAAUACGCCUGCGAGAAGAAGCGCUGGCUAAGGAGCAGGUGAAAGCCACGAGCAGCCAGACCAGCGCUGAGAAAUUGCGUAAGAUCUUAAAAGAGGAGAAGAGGAUGAAGAAAAAACGAAAGCGAUCAACCUCUUCGUCAUCAUCCACUUCCUCUAGGAGGAACUCCCCUUCUUCUUCAUCGUCUUCCUCCUCUCGCAGGAAGUCUAAAAAGAAGAAAAAGAAGAGGAGGAGGUCUGAGCGGGGUAGUAAGCGCCAUAGCAGGAUCUCCUCAAGGGAGAGCAGCAGGAGGAGUGAGGAGGGUAAAAGUGAGAAAGACAGGAAGGAGGAAGAGGAGGACGAGGUGGAGUGGUAUCCUGCUCCUCCUAACACCUCUGCCACCUUUCUCAACCAGAAAGGAGGCCCGGUGUUUGGAGAGAGGGAUGAGGAGGAGGUAGAGCAGAAGGAUGCUGAAGAGAGGAGGAUCAGUCAGCUGUAUUCUUUGUCGGCAGCUUCAGAUGACGAAGAGUCUGACUACUCACGCAGAGAAAGAAAGAUAAAGGACAUAGAGGAGGGCAAGAGAGGGAAAAACGAGGGACACAGUAGAGAUAAGAGCAGGGAGAGAUGGAAGGAGGAUAACAGAAAAGACAGGAGAGACAGUGACUCCAAGAGGAGGAGUAGCUUAGACGAGAACAGAAAACGGAAAGUUUCCUGCUCAUCGGCUGACUCUGAGUAUUCACGGAAAUCCAGCUUCAAAUCCGAAUAUUUAGGGAACUCUCGUUCUGCGUCCAAACACUUGGACGGUAGGAAGAGGAACUCCUUCGAUGGUGGUAGAUAUGAGAACAGAGGGCAGGAGGAGAUUUGGGACGUAGAAGAGGCAAAAAGAGACAAGGACAGAAAGGGGAGAGUAGAGGAAGAGAGCAGCAGGUCAAAGGAAGGAAACGGUAAACAAUCGGAAGGUGCUGGAAAUCAUAAGCAGAGUGGUCUGACGUCAGUGCCAGGGGGGAGGCCUAAAAAAGACCUCCCUUCGAACCUGCUGGAUAUCUUCAAUCAGAUUGCCCAAUUUGAGAAGGAGAAAGGAGUCGGGCCAAAAUAAUAUCUCAAAACCAAAUGUCCAGAAUGUGCCCAAAACUAGUGAAACAAGACUCUACCAUGGAUGUUUGUAACAUGAAUUCAUUCAUUCUGGACUGCAUUAAGAUAACACUGCUGAAUGGCCAAACGCGUUGUUGUUGUCUGAAUGUCUACAGUUGUUGUCAGUUGCCUUCAGUGUUAGAGAAAAUGCUGGAGUGAUUUUACUUUGGUAUGUUCUUUAUGGUAGAUUUAAGGCCUGUGAGCAACUGAUGUAACUGUUGGACUAUAAUAAAUAAAUAAAUCGAACUGGUCUAAAUGAAUUAAAAUGUUCAUCUAAAUCAGUUAAUUCCCAAAUAAUGUGAGAACAUGUUAGUAAUGAAUUUCAAGAGAACGUUUAUCACUUUUCUUGAACUUGUGUAAAUAUGAUGGUAUGGUGAUUACAGAUAUUACAUGUAAGUCAAUAUUAUUUCUUAUAUAUGUUAAUUCUUUCAUUUUUAUUACAUUAUUGAGCACAGCUGACGUCACAUCAGUUGCUACAGGUUUUAAUCUCUUUGUUUUGUGUUCGUCUUAGGUCGAGACUGUUUUCUGUUAAAGGAGAUAUUGCCUUAUGUUUACUGCCUUGUGCCAUUUUGUGCAUUCUUUUUGUGGCUUGUUAAAUCUUUUCCUCAGCAACCUGACUGUUAGUACUGCGGUACUUUUUCAAGCUUUACACAAUACAGAUGUUGCAGUUGCAGUAUUCCAACACAUUCUCUCCUGUAAAUAAAUCAAACUGAAUCAAUAAAGCAUUUAAAAUGUCAGACCUA